UCAUACUUGCGAGCUCUGCCGUUGAAGACAGAAGACAAGUAAUAACGAGUAUUGCCUGCUGAGAAUCAGUAGCUCAUUAGUGACUAGUCUAUAGCAUACAGCAGUUAUACUCGAUACCAUCGUCUUCGUGGUUACCGGUUAUGCCGUCUCGCUGAAGAUCAAAACGUGUAUAGUCUUAUUUUUAUAAAUAUUAUUGUUUUACGAUAAUCCCGCCACCGUCGCGCGCUUUUUUCAUAAUAUACGGUAUCGUCUUGUCCAUCGCCCGGUAAUUAUUAUGGUCGUGCAACACAGUGCGACUUCCGUCAGCAUGGAGGUGGAUCCGCCGCGGAACGCCAACAGCCCGGACGAUCCGAAAACUGCGAACGGUUCGUCAGAGAACGAGAAAGCCGAGGACUCGGAAUCGUCGGAAGACGGGCCGUUGGACGUGGGUGAACACUACCUGGUCCGCCGGUACGACGACUCGUGGCAUCCUGCCGAAGUUCUACAUUCGAGGUUCAAUGAUGCAGAACACUUAUUUGAGUAUUAUGUACACUACGAAGGGUAUAAUCGAAGAUUGGAUCAAUGGGUACCUAGAGAUCGGAUAAUGAAUUCAAGAUUUGAUAUUUCUGAAAAAAAUUGGAAACAAAAGGAUGUGAAUAAAAAUCCAGAUCUUCUAAAUCAAUCAGAUAGAAAAAUCACAAGGAAUCAAAAACGAAGACAUGACGAGAUAAAUCAUGUUCCAAUGUCUUAUGCAGAAAUGGAUCCAACUACAGCUGCAUUAGAAAAAGAGCAUGAGGCAAUAACUAAAAUAAAAUACAUUAAUAAAGUACAGUUGGGAAAGUACGAAAUUGACACAUGGUAUUUUAGUCCAUUUCCAGCAGAAUACCAAAAAGAAUCUAAAAUUUGGAUUUGUGAAUACUGUUUGAAAUACAGUAAACUAGAAAAAUCAUACAAAUAUCAUAUGAGCCAAUGUACAUGGAGACAACCACCGGGUGUUGAAGUAUACCACAAAGGAUCAUUAUCAAUCUGGGAAGUGAAUUCCAGUCAACACAAAAUGUAUUGUCAGAAUCUUUGUUUAUUAGCAAAGUUAUUUUUAGAUCACAAGACACUCUAUUUUGAUGUUGAACCUUUUUUGUUUUACAUACUUUGUGAAGUUGACAAAAUUGGUGCACAUUUGGUUGGAUAUUUUUCCAAAGAAAAAGAUUCACCAGAUUGCAACAAUGUAGCUUGUAUAUUAACAAUGCCACCAUUUCAGCGGCAAGGCUAUGGCAAACUUUUAAUAGCAUUCAGCUAUGAAUUGAGCAAAUUGGAAGGACUUGUAGCCAGUCCUGAAAAGCCAUUGAGUGAUCUUGGUAAAUUAUCAUACAGAUCUUAUUGGUCAUGGGUAUUGUUGGAAAUUUUGAAAAAUGCUUGUGGAUCUUUAUCAAUUAAAGACUUAAGCGCCAUGACUAGUAUCACCCAAACGGACAUUAUUUCAACGUUACAGUCCAUGAAUAUGGUAAAGUACUGGAAAGGUCAACAUGUGAUUUGUGUGACACCAAAAAAUGUUGAACAACUGAUAAGUUCAGAACAGUAUAAACGACCCAGAUUCAUAUUGGAAGGAAGCGCUAUUAAAUGGACACCAAAAAAGUACAAUCCUCGCCCUGGACCAUCUAGACAUUCAAGAUCCCAAUACUUAGCUGGAUAAAGAAAUUGAUGCAGAUCCUGUGAAAUUAUUAACAUUACCUAGUAGUCAUUUAAGAUUUACCUAAUGUAAAUAGUUAAAACUUUUUUACAUAUAUAUUUUAAUAUAUAUUUUGGGAAGGUUUAAAUGACAAGAGCAAACAUCAGUAUUGUUGUUCGUUAAGGACUGUUAUGGAUUAUUGACAACAAACAUUGAAUUAAAAAAAUAUAUACAUUCUCGGAGUAUUUUAUACAUCCGAUGAUUUGUUAGACUGUUAAUGGGUGGUGUUGUAAAUGAUUUAUGGCGAACACAAUCGAUGUGAUAGGUUAUCAAUCUUGCUAGACUUGAGGUUGUUUCCCGGUACCCUAUGGUGAUAGUCUUGCAUAGAUACACUUAUUAUUAGGGUUUAGUGUGAUAUGUUUGCUAUUUUGAUUAAAUACCAUAUUAUAUUGUCUCUUGUCAUGCCUUUUCAUCAUGUGAUAGUAUUUUAUUUUUGACUUUUCCAAGUACACGCUUAAGACAUAAGUUGACAUUUUAAUUAUCUCAUUGUAUUUCAAUAAUUUUCUAUUUUAUAUCUUUUGUAUUUCAUUAAUGAAUGUGAAUGUGCUUAUGUUUUAGCGUAAACAAAUAAAAUAAAUGCAAACUUACAUUAA